GUAAAAUUUUCAAUUUCUUCACAGACAGCUGACUCAAAAUGAUUCAACAAAUUCUUUUCAUCUUAUUGGUUUCGAGCUUCUUCUGGAUAUACACGAAUGGGGCGAUUCUUAAUUGUGAUUAUAGUGAACAUUAUAAUGAGAAGCUUAAUAAGCACUUGUAUCAAUGCAAAGGAGAACUUCUACAGCUCAAUGAAAACGAUACAAUAAUUAAAUCAGUUACAAAACCAUCAAAUAGACAAAGCAGCAUGAGUUAUGUUGUUGAACUCAUAAUUGAAAAUCAAAAUCUAAUCAGAUUCCCGUCAGAUGCUGAAAACUUUUUUGAAGAAUUAAAAUUUAUUACUGUCAAAAAUGCAUCAAUUAAGAAUAUUUCAAAUGAGAUUUUAAAAGCUUUUCCAUCGUUAGUUGAACUUGAUUUGUCAAUUAAUCAAAUUUCUGUCAUACCAAAAGACUUAUUCAUCUACAAUGAGAACCUUCAAUUUAUUUAUUUUGCUGAAAACCGAAUCAAUUUUCUAUCUCCAGAAUCUUUUGAUGGCUUAAAAUCAUUAAAAGUAAUUGAUUUCAUGAAAAAUACAGGAAUCAAUGAAAUAGCUUCAACUCCAGAUGAGAUCAGUUAUUUCAAAAUUAAACUUUUAGUUAAAAAUUUGGAAAAGAGACAAACUGAAACAAUGGAAAAGAUGUUUAUCUGGUUGGCAAAAUGUGAAUUUAAGUUUGGAAGCUCUGCGCAUUGAAAUGAAAUUCUUCAAGAAAGUUUCGAUGAGAUCAGAAUGAAAAGUCUUCAAAUUUAUCAUUCAUAUUCACACAAAAUUUUCAAUUUUUGUGAAUAUAUUUUGUUUUGCUAUUUGAGUUUAUUAAUAAAAGUAAGUUUUUGAAUAAUAAAUUUCUAAUUUUUUUAAUUUCAC